AUGAAGCAAUUGGAAAAACAGAUCAAGAAGCAGGAAGCUCGUUUAGCUGAAGUCACGGCUAGAUUUAACGAUCAUGUCAAUGGUAAGUUUUUGGAGUUUCAGAAGCAAAUUGAGGCCAAACUGAAGACGGCGAUGGAAAGCAUGGCUACGAAAUCUCAAUUGGAUCGGAUGGAAGCAAUGAUUACAUCUCUAGCUCAAUCUCAGAUCCAUUCCGGUCCGAUUCCACCGGUUAGAGACAAGGCACCGAUCAGAUUUGAGGAUAUGCCGGCAGAGAGGUCACCUGUGAUGUUGAAUUCAGGAAAUGCUUCAAGAAUUCACACUGAUGGGGAAUUUACAACAGCAGCAAGAGAUCGUGGCUUCCGUCCUCAGUGGUUCACUCAACCAAAGUUGGAGUUACCAAUGUAUGAAGGAGAAGGAAACCCUAGAACGUGGAUCCGCAAGUGUGAGAAAUUUUUCCUGUCACAUCAAGUGGCGAAACAUUGGAAAGUGGAACACAUUGAGUUGUAUUUGGAAGGGAAAGCUGAAAUUUGGUUUCAGGCUACAAAAAUGCUGAAACUACAACUGUCUUGGGUUGAAUUCAAGAAUGGACUGAUUAGAAGUGGACUGAAGGAAGAGAUCAAGCCUAUGGUUCGGAUGUUGCCUCAUCAAGACCUGAAUGAAGUGUUUGAUAUUGCAUUACUUCAAGAGCAAAAUAUGUCUGUUAACGCUAAAGCUGGAAGGAUCAACCAUUCUACACCUGCUAAGACAUAUAUUUCCUCAGUUAAGGUACCUGAACAUCCUAAACCUCCUGUUAAGAAAGAGAACUGUGAUGAAAAUUCUCUGUCAAUUCCUGAACUGAAUGUUGAUGAUGGCCUAGACAUUAAUGAUUUGACAUUGGAUGAGCGAUCAUUGCAUGUUUUGUCUGUUACACCUGUGAAGCAAACCAUUCUUAUAGUGGGGAAAAUUGGUGGAAGAUUUAUUAGAAUUUUAAUAGAUACGGGUAAUACAGACAGUUUUCUUGAUAUUAAAGUGGUGAUGGACUUGCAACUUCAUUAUGAGGAAUCUGAGCUAUACACUGUUACUGUGGGGAAUGGAAGUCGGGUUUCUAGGAGUUUGAUUUGUCCUGAACUGAGAUGGGACAUUCAUGACUUGAAAUUUAGUUAUGAUUUGAAGAUUAUGAACUAG